AUGUCCAUAUUGUCCACGAGUCGGGCAUUCCUCUGCCAUCCUCGGCUAUUGAGACCAGUCUCCCUCCUACGGAUACUCUCAUCGAAUACACCCCAAUGUCGCAGACUCACCCAAACACUCCAACUGGGCGACUCCAACCCAAUUUACUAUCCGCGUCCCAUCUCUUACGCAUUUGACCCAGCCACACCAGCAAACCAGUCUGAUCCAAUACCCCAAACAUUCUCAUUUCUACACUCGCCAAACCUUACGCAAACUUCAGAGUACCAACAUUCUAUACGCCUAAACCCACAAGAUCUAAAAGUCCCUUGGCCAACCUCACUCCCAUGCGCUCUCCAAUCCCAAUACUGGCGCGAAGCAGAAGACGCGGCAAGCGAUUUCUUACAGACCCUCUUUGCAUCCAAUAACAACCCGAAGGGAGAUAAAUACCUCACCGCCGUGACAGACGCAGUGGUAUCCUAUGCAAUCAACCUCAUCCCACUCUGCGGUCUAGCCAGAAUCAAACUUCUGUCCAGAACCUUCGUUCUAGCCUUUUUGCACGACGAUGCAGUGGAUGCGGGGAAUGUCAGCGACAACAAUGUCUUGAUCCCUAUCGAAAGGAAUAGCCCAACACCUCACAAAGCAUUCGACAUCCUCUCAGAGGAGAUCCUCGCUGCAGACCCCAUCAACGGGGCUAUUCUGGUCGAAGACAUUCUAUCAUGGGGCUCUACGUCCCGGAAUCACCAGCAGGGUCCAACACAUUUCAAUUCGCUGGAUGAGUAUAUCGCCUACGGAUUAGAGGAUUUCGGAGCGACGCUUAUUCUCCGUUGCGUGGAGUUUUCUAUCACUACUCCUUGUUCAUCUUCCUCGCCGACAGAUCUUCAAAGCGUCAGCUACUUGAAGUCCCUCUGCGCGAAGCAUUUGCUCCUUACAAACGAUCUGUACUCCUAUGCCAAGGAAGUAGCCAGCGGAGAUGCAGGUCUCAAUGCAGUCCGAGUCGUGCAGGAUCUCAUGGGCGUUUCUGACUCCUCGGCGAAAAUGAUGAUCCGAUUUAUGCUGCGGGAUUUAGAGAGACAGAUGGAUGAGGAGUAUACUCGACUGCUCACGAGUAGCAGUAUGAAUGUGAACGAGGUGCAACUGAAACACGCGCGAGCAAUGAUCAUCGCUGUAGCAGGAAACAUGUUUUUCUCGGCGACAUGUGAUCGGCAAUAUACUUUACAACUAUCAAUGACGAUUCCAUCUCAUACAGGCGCGACAGGACGCGACUCUCGACAACCUCAUAUUUACGACAACAUUAACAAUUACCGAAUUCCUGGGUUAUCAUCUUCUUGCUUAAUGUAUGCACGAAGUGAUUUCUCCAUGCAAGCAAAAAGUGGUAUUAAACCCCAGCCACGACAAGUCCCUCUGAGGCCCUAA